CCCUCUGGUCCAUUAGCAGGAGGAACAGAUCGCUGACAGAAGAGAGGAGACAAGACGGUCGAGGCAGACGGAGCAGAAGAAGGACAGGCAGAGGAGACAACAACUAAGAAGACAGAAUAAGAUAAAAGAAGAAGACACAAAGCAUCAUGGAAGCUUUCAGGAAGGGACUCUCCAACGUGAAGGACGGAGUGGUGGCUGCCGCAGAGAAGACGAAGGCCGGUGUUGGGGAGGCCGCUGCCAAGACCAAGGAGGGGGUCUUCUAUGUUGGAAACAAGACGAUGGAGGGAGUGGUGACCGGUGUUAACACAGUCGCCCAGAAGUCGACCGAACAGGCCAACGUUGUAGCGGACACUGCGGUCACCGGGGCCAACGAGGUCGCCCAGGCAACGGUGGAGGGGGUGGAGAACGCAGCUCUGGCCACCGGAUUUGUCACCAAGGAGGAGGAAGAACCAGUGUCUGAGGAGGCCAGCCUCCCAAAAACAGAAGCCGAGGGAGAACAGACCGAACAGGCUGCACAGUAGAAUCUCGUCCUUCUAGACCUGCAGCCACUUCCUGUUUCUUCCUGUCCAAUGAGCAACGAGAGAAGAGGAACCUUUACAUUUUAUCUGUCGCUCAACGCUUUGACCUCUGACCCUCCUCAUCCACUGUGUGUAACCUAACCUCAUUAACCAAGAGAAACCCUCCUUCUCAACAUCAUCAUCUACCCUCCUGUUGCCAUGGUUACACUGCCUCAGCAUCAUAAUUCCACACACUCGCACACACAAACACUGAUGUCACUUUUUAACACUCUGAACUGAAUCAGGUCGUACGCACUCAUGCUCUCAGUUGAUUGGUCUGUGUGGGAUGACAUCACCCACCAGGCCGAGAGUUCACAUGGCUAUGCCGCAAGUGUCGUACAAGCCACGCCCACCCCAUGUCAAUCACCAGACUGACUCCGCCCCCCUGACAGACAGAUAUCUGAAGCCUUCUAAAUGCAUGUCGCUUUACUGACACACACACACACACACACUAAUAAUUAACCCUGUGAUUCACACACACACACACACACACACACACACACACACACCUGCAGUCUGUGUGUGUGAUAUUAACGGAGCUUCAGAGCUGAUUUCUUCUUUUACAAAACAACAGAAGUGAAAUAAAAACAAAGUUUAAAAUCC